AUGUCAGGAAAGUCAGUGCUGAGCGCCGUUUGUGCCGGCAAUGGGGCAUUCCAAGCCGCAGCGCGGAGGGUAGCCGGCCAGCAACAGCGGAGCUUCACAUCUACACCCCUAAGAAAUGCAAGCAUCACACAUUUUACGCCUGCAUCAUCGCCGGAACUUGACCGUCUCCUCAGCGACAUCCGCUCCAACAUCAUUCUGCCCUCAUACCUCCCCGAGGAGCAGCGCAAAAAGAUCUACUCAACAAAAUGGCAGAAGAGGCUGAAAGCCGACCCCAUCGUCAUCGAUAUCGACGGCGAGAUCAUUAAGUUCCGCUACAAAAACCCACUAACCGACCUACCCAACACGCGAAAGAGCGUAAUGACCGCCAUCACGAAGUUCAAGACCGCUGCCGACUUCGCGAACCUGAAACCUUUACUAGAGGGUAUUUACUACACCGGCCGCAAGCUCCAACAUGGCAACUACGCUAAGAUCCUGCGAGUGACCUGUGCUAAGGGCCAUGUCUAUGACAUGAUUGACUGCGCUCGCAGUGUUCGUCGAACGGGAUACAAAAUCGACAGCAGCGAGAAAGUCAACGAGCUUCUACACUAUGUACAAUUGAAAGCUCGCGAUGCCGAAUGGGACGAGGCCGAGACAAGACAAGCCCUACGCUGGGCCGACAUGGUCGUCGAGAUGCUCUACGAUGAGGCGCAUCAGCCCAAGCAUCCCAAAGACCAACCUUCCCUACCUGGGGAGAUACCGCUAAACCGCGACCCCAUGGUCCUAGCGGCGCAGCUACAUCUGGCCGCCGUGCUUGCCUCGCGAUACGAGGUCGGCGAGGAAAUUCUAGACAAGGUUCAUAAACUCGCGCAAGACAUUGUAUUGUUAUGGCCUGAGGGCAAGAAAUUAAAGGAGUUACAGCCCGCCGAGCUUUACCAGUACGGAGGAAGGUACGCCUAUCUGGUCUAUGCCGACAAGUUCGUCUCCCUUGCCACCCCUUUAUUACACGGCCUCGAGACGGCGGCGAAGGUUGUUAAGCCUGAGCUUGCCAGUCAGCUGCAGGCGCGGUGUGAUACGUUGAGGGCGGAGAUCGAUGAGGCACGAGGUAGAGUGCCCCCAUAUGCUACGAGGCAUGCGGAUGUGUACAAGAGGUUCUACGAUGCGUAA